AACUAAUUUAAUUGUAAAGGGCAAUGAGCUGAUUCGCUAAGGUUACUUCAUUCAUCACUAUUAAAUUCAACUCAAUCAGUUCGGAAAUUUGGUAUGUAUGUAGGCAGACUUUCUCCGGGUGAAACGGAGUGGGGGCGACCUUGUUAGAGGGAGGCUGGCUGGCACCUGCGCCUGAGUUUACACUUGUCACUAGCCUGCCGCGCGGAACCGCCGCGCCAGACAUACAAACGCGUCGGCACGCACGUGCUCGCACCAUAUUUUCAGUGGGAUUUUUGUGACUGUGUGUGUGUUGGACUGUGUGGUGGUUCGCUGUUUAAACUUUGGAAGAUUAAAACUUGAACGAUGCGGCUGCGACGCGGGCUGGCUAUAGGCAUCCUCCUCAUAUUACACUUGAGUGGAGCUCUCAGCGACCAAACAUCAAACGAGAGUGGCGGGGGUGGCGGAGGUGGUAACGCAGACUCCAGCAAUGCCGUCGAGCCAUCGGCUGACCAGCUGGCCAUGGAGUCCUCGGAGCGAGAGACGCCGAGCCACGCGUACAACGGACCCCCGCCGCCAGCGCCACCUCCACACAACAGAAGACAAAACCCACCACAUCAUCAGCAACACCACGCAUUAGGUAUGCCGAGGAUCACGAAUCAUCAUCCUAUCCACUCGAAACCAUUUGCUCUCGGGCCCCCAGUUAGUCAUCAUAAGAACGACAUAGGACCUGGCUUUAGAGGUCCGCCCCCUCAAUCUGCUGCACCGGCCGACGCUCAAACAUCUGCCAGCGACAAAGUGUUCAGUGGUGCCGGAGAUGUGUGGCCGGCUCCUGCUCCUGAUAUGCCUAAAAUUGUUUCUUUGGACGUCAAGUGUGAAAAGAAUGCCAUGCGAGUUUUUCUCAGUUUUGACAAACCGUUCUUUGGAAUAGUUUUCUCUAAAGGGCAUUAUUCCAAUCAUCAAUGCGUCCACCUGCCACCCAACCUGGGCAGAACAACAGCAUCAUUUGAGAUUGGAGCUCACGCUUGUGGAACGGCGGGUAGUGGGGAUCCUAGAUAUAGAGGAGACGUGACGGCCGCUGGUACAUACUUUGAAAAUGUAAUAGUUAUUCAAUACGACCCACAGGUCCAGGAGGUUUGGGAUCAGGCUCGAAAAUUACGUUGCACGUGGCACGAUCAGUAUGAAAAAGCAGUCACUUUCCGACCUUUCCCAGUAGAUAUGUUAGAUGUUGUACGCGCCGAUUUUGCUGGUGAUAACGUUGGAUGCUGGAUGCAAAUCCAAGUGGGUAAAGGACCAUGGGCCUCUGAAGUAUCAGGUCUGGUAAAGAUUGGGCAAACAAUGACCAUGGUAUUGGCCAUUAAGGAUGACGAUGCGAAGUUCGACAUGCUUGUACGAGACUGUGUAGCCCACGACGGUCAACGCGCUCCUAUACAAUUAGUCGAUAGGCGAGGCUGUGUAACACGACCGAAGCUAAUGUCAAGAUUUACGAAGAUUAAGAAUUUCGGGGCCAGUGCUUCCGUUCUUUCAUAUGCACACUUCCAAGCAUUUAAGUUCCCUGAUUCAAUGGAAGUGCACUUUCAAUGUACUAUACAGAUUUGCAGGUAUCGCUGCCCUGAGCAAUGCUCUGAUGGUGGUCAAAAUGUUAUUGCUCCCCAUGCCGAAUACGGGCCUCCUCAGAUAGACGCUUUCCCAGUUGGCGCUGAAGUAAGAAGAGACGAGCGAAGAGUGCGAAGACAACGCCGUGCUACAUCGCCUGAGAAAGAAGUAGGAGUAAACAGAGUUAUACGUGUUGUUUCCGCCGGAGAUUUAAAUUUAGAUUCUACAGAAGAAACUGCUGCUCCUAGAAUUGUACCCACUCCUGGUCUAGUUUGCAUGACUACUCCAGGGUUCGCAGCGACCCUCGGAGCGCUUCUUGCCACAUUAGUAUGUUCGUGCGCUGUAUCAGCAGUGCUUUUCUUAAAACUACGACCCAUCACGACUUUAAAGAAGAAAACAGCUGCCAUUGCGACGAUAGCCCGGCCACACCCACCAACAGCUCGGUUUUAUUCGUAACAUUCAUUGAUAUAAUUUAAUUUGUACAUAUUAGUGUGAUGAGACUGAAGUAUGUAGACCAUUACAAUUUCAUUAACCUGUGCUAAAUAGUUUGCUAAAUAUAUAUUAAUGA